GCAGUUUUGAGUGUUUGUGGUUGACGCAAGCAGUGUUGGGAAAUUCGAUUCUUGUACUAUCUAUCAACUUGUAUACGAAGUUGGGUUAAUCUCUUUUAUGGCGUCCAGAUUUUGACAAAACAAAAGCGACUGUGUAAUGACGUUUGUUUAUAUGGGCAUUUAUCGUUGAUAAUAUUGACAAUAAAAAUUUUGUCUGAUGUUUCGGAAAAAGGUAUAAUGACGGAACUAAGCUCUAUCAUUUCGAAAUGUAGAAUAUGUUUUCAAAUAGAGGAGAGAGAAAUGAUUCCUUUUUUCGAAAAACAUUACAAGGGCAAGAGUCUAGCUGAGAUUUUAAAUAAUGUUUCAACUCUGAAGAUUGACAAUUGCCCGAAAUGGCCAACCAAAGUAUGCAAAAAUUGUUCCUCAGUAAUAAUUAGUUUUAACAAUUUGAUACAAAUAUUGAAGGAAACUGAAGAAACCUUCAAAAACUCUUCAAAUAAAAAAGAAGAAGUUGUUUUUAUGGAUGAGGAAGAUUAUAAUAAUUUCAUUGAAUGUGAGACUGGAUCUUAUGUUGAAAGUGAUAAUGAAGAAAUCAAACCCAACCUGGAGUAUACUACAAGUGAAUUGACUGAGAACAAACAAGAAACUGAAUGUGGGGAUAUAUUUCAAAAUGAUAUAAAAGAUAAUUGCAGAAUUAUAGAUGAAAUGGGCAAUAGAGAAAUUAAAUCGGUAAAAUACAGUUGUGAAUCUUGUGGAGACUCUUUUUUAUUCAAGUCAGGUUUCUGUCAGCAUAUGGUUCAAAAGCAUAACACAUACGUAAUGGAAGAUGAGUAUAAGCAGUAUAGUAAAGAAAUAACUAUAAGAUUACCACCACCUUUACCCGAAAAUGCAGUAAAAGUCAUUAAAAAAACAUAUAUAUCUAAAAGAGCUCGAUUUCAGUGUCAGAUCUGCAAAACAAUAUUUUCUGCAGGACAGGAAUUGAAGGAUCAUUACCAUACACAUAAAAAUCAUGUAUGUGAACACUGUGGAGCAGGAUUCAUAAAAAGUUCCUACCUUCGGGAUCACUUACUCAUGCAUUCUUCUGAGAGACGAUAUACAUGUGAAAUUUGUGGGAAAAAGUUCAAAUAUAGAAAUGGCCUCUCUGUGCACAAAAAUAUACAUGUCAAUUUCAAAGGUUUCAUUUGUGACACUUGUGGGCAGGGAUUCAAUACGCGUAGUACUUUAAAAACCCAUAUGAAAUUAAAACAUACAGAUGAAAGAAACUUUCAGUGCUCUGAAUGUGAUUUGUCGUUCAAAGUCAAAUCUUGGUUAGAUAAACAUUUCUCUAGGAAACAUACUUCAAAUAGGACCAAAGAUUAUGUGUGUAAUAUGUGCGGUAUAGCGUAUUUAAACAAAACAACAUUGACACGUCACAUGUCUGAUAAACAUACAGGUACCCCCGUGAGGCAUCAUUGUAAUGUUUGUGAUAAAAGUUAUACUAUGAAGAAUAAACUGAAUGCUCACAUGCAGAAAAAACAUAAUAUCAUCUUGAUGAAUCCUGUUUAUCAAAAAUAGAAGUCUAAAAAUUUAUUAGAUGUAUAAAAUUACUGUAAACCAUGUAGUGUACAUUAUUGUUGGUUCCUUUAUAAAUUUAGAUGAUUUGAAGAAUAUAUUUUAUUCGAAA